AUGGAGAAGAUACAGCCAACCCAAGAAGACAACCUUCAUCAGACCUUAUUGGAUCUGAAGGAGAAAACCUCUGUUUUAGAGGUUCCACAGGUGGAGCGGGAAAAGAUGACCAGUAGGACCAUGGAGAUGGUCAACACGUAUGAUGACCACAUCAGAAACCUGACCUGGGGACCGGUCAAGACGGCGGACCAGGGAAGUCUUCCAGUCAUCGGUGAAAUUGAGGAAGAUCCAUCUGAAUAUGAUUUGGUCAUGCAAGACUUCAAUGCCCACUUGGCAAAUGGUGGAAUAAACCCGGGCCAUCCGACUAUGUUCGGUUUUGUUCCCUGCGGCCAUGGAACAUAUCCCGCAGCCAUGGGUGCCUUCAUACCGGUGACCUUUGCUACAUACUCAGGAAUCCAUUGGAAGAGCACAUCAAUUGUUGAGAUGGAGAACAAGCUGAUCACGUGGGUGGCAGACUUGUUCGGGUACCCCGCAGGGCAUGCCGGGAACAUCUCAUCAGGAGGUUCUCUCGCCACUCUCACAGCGUUAGCUGUCGCACGGGACAGCAGGGAGCUGAAAGCCGCAGACUUUCACAGAUGUGUGAUCUAUUGUAGCGAGUUUGCCCACUACUCGGUACAGAAGGGACUUCGCGCCGUGGGGUUGAGGGAAGCCAUUCUUAGGACAGUUCCAGUCGACAAGUUGCUCAAGAUGACAGCAUCGGGUCUUGAAAGGCAGAUCAUAGAAGAUACGAAAACCGGUUUGUUGCCCUUCCUGGUGGCGGCAACUGUGGGCACCACGCUGACCGGAAGUGUGGACCCUGUGAACGACAUCGCUGAUGUGUGUGACCGUCACCAACUCUGGCUCCACGUUGAUGCCGCGUACGGAGGGUUCUUCGCUCUCUGUGACGAAAUGAAACAGCUGUUUGUUGGUGUGGAGCGGAGCGAUUCGAUUGUGGUUAAUCCACACAAAGGUGCGUAUUUGUAG